GCUGUAGGUAAAAAUCAGUCCAAUGCAACAGGAGUUUCAAGAACAGCAGCACAAAAAUGAUGACUUAACUGGAUGGGAAAAGAAAACAUACAUUUUCAAGAAAGCCUCUUCAUUCUUAGAGUAGACAUUUCCCUUCAAGAUGACAAGUGGUGCAAACUCUUCAGGAUCUCGCUUGCCCUCAAAAAUAAGAAGCUCUAAGAUAGAUGACAACUACUUGAAGGAAUUGGAUGAGGAUUUAAAGCUAAGGAGGCAGGAACUUCUAGAAAUGCUAAAACCUCUAGAAGAUAAGAACAACCUCUUAUUCCAGAAGUUAAUGUCUAACCUGGAGGAAAAACAAAGAAGCCUGCAGAUCAUGAGGCAGAUCAUGGCAGGGAAGGGGUGUGAUGAAUCCUCAGUCAUCGAGCUCAUUAAGGAAGCAGAGGAAAUGAAACAGAACCUGGAAAGGAAAAACAAGACGCUUCGGAAGGAAAUGGAGAUGCUAUGGAACAAGACAUUCGAGCCAGAAGAAUUCAGUGAUCAACGAAAAACACCGCAGAUAAAAAAUAAGGCAGAAUUGCAGGACGGAAAGGCAAUGCUCUUUCUUCCACCAGGAAAAACAGAGGAAGAUGGAAUGGGUCAAAACAACUUUCACGGCAAAGUGAUUGAGCUGAGAAUUGAAGAUUUGAAGAACUACCAGAAGGCUAAUGACCUGAAAUUAUCACUGUACUUACAGCAGAAUUUUGAGCCAAAGCAAGCGUUUUUAAAUCUUCCUGGGUCCCAAGGCACCAUGGGCACUAUAACUAAGGGCAGAACAACGACGAGCAAGAAUGAACCCCAUGUGAGAAUUCUAGGUUCAAAGAUCUACAAAGAACAACAAAAAACUAAAGGAAGUCAGUUUGAUAAUGUAGGAGGGAGGCGCUUUUUUCUGAGGUCACUGCCAGAUGAAGAAGCACUGAAGGAUUAG